UGCGCGGCCGCGACGCCCGACGCCGGCGGGGCAGCGGCGCUCUGGGCUCUGCGCUGCCGGUGGUAUCUGGCGCGAACCCACGAGGUUUCGGUCCGUUCGGCGCAGGUAGGCGUCGUCCCGCUUGCACCGCCUACUGGGCCCCUCUUGGUUGUGGGAGCGGCGCGCCCUGGCGUUGCGUUUUCUCAACGGUGCCCGAGGCGUUGGCCUUCGCUGCCGCGGGCGGACUACGGAUUCUUAGACUCUACAAGUAAAGACAAGCUCAUGUUCACAAUAUACCAUGGCUUCAUCAUCAAGCAGCCUCACUACCGGGAGAAGAACCGGCUCAAAGCUGAAGUCCAUGAAGUUGCUUGAGGUUCUGAAUGCUCUGGAGGAGGAGGAGUCUGGCCAGAGUAGGGAGGAGAUCUUCAUUGCACCGCCCAACAAUGCUUCAGGGGACUUCACUGAUGAGGACUCGGGUGAUGAAGAUGGCCGGCGAGGAACCCUCCUGCCUGGCAAUGUGCUGCAUGCCUUUGUUGUGCCUGAGGACUCUGGCACCGGGGAGGAUGAUGAUGACCUGCAGCUGCAGCCAGCCAUGAAGAAGCAAAAGGCAGGAGUGGAACCUCAACAUGUUUGGACCAAAAGAGAUAUCUGCCCGGACUUCACCAGUUGGACAGCAUCGGAUCCUCAUAUGGAGGAUCUCAAAAGCCAGGAACUGAGUCCUGUAGGCCUCUUUGAAUUGUUUUUUGAUGAAGGAACAAUUAAUUUUAUUGUUAAUGAAACCAAUCGUUAUGCUUGGCAGAAGAAUGUCAACCUGGGUCUCACAGCUCAGGAAUUGAAGUGUGUUUUGGGCAUUUUGAUUUUAAGUGGGUAUAUCUCCUAUCCAAGGAGAAGGAUGUUUUGGGAAACAUCCCCUGAUUCACAUCAUCAUCUUGUGGCUGAUGCAAUUAGAAGGGACAGAUUUGAACUGAUCUUCUCAUACCUGCAUUUUGCAGAUAACAAUGAGCUUGAUGAAAGUGAUAGGUUUGCCAAGGUGAGGCCUCUCAUUGUCCGCAUGAACUACAAUUUCCAGAAGCAUGCACCCUUGGAAGAGUUCUACAGCUUUGGCGAGUCUAUGUGUGAGUACUUUGGACACCGGGGGUCCAAGCGUCUGCCUGCGGGGAAACCUGUGCGGCUGGGCUACAAGAUCUGGUGUGGGACGACCAGCAGGGGCUAUUUGGUGUGGUUCGAGCCCUCACAGGGCACACUGUUCACUAAGCCAGACAGGGGCCUGGACCUAGGAGGCAGUAUGGUGGUGAAAUUUGUGGAUGCACUUCAGACACGUGGGUGUCUGCCAUACCACAUAUUUUUUGACAAGGUUUUUACAAGUGUCAAAUUGAUGUCCAUUUUAAGGAAGAAAGGAGUGAAGGCCACAGGAACUGUUCGUGAGUACAGAACUGAACGAUGUCCCCUUAAAGAUCCCAAAGAACUGAAGAGAAUGAAGAGGGGUUCGUUUGAUUACAGAGUUGAUGAGAGUGAGGAGAUCAUCGUGUGCCGCUGGCAUGAUAGCAGUGUGGUCAACAUCUGCUCCAACGCUGUGGGCAUAGAGCCAGCAGGGCUGACCAGCCAUCACUCGGGAGCAGCCAAGACGCAGGCCCAGGUUCAUCAGCCAUCCCUGCUGAGGCUGUACCAGGAGAAGGUCGGGGGUGUCGGCCGCAUGGACCAGAACAUCGCCAAGUACAAGGUGAAGAUCCGGGGUAUGAAGUGGUACUCGAGUUUCAUUGGCUAUGUUAUUGACGCUGCUCUUAACAAUGCAUGGCAGCUGCACAGGAUAUGCUGCCAUGAUGCCCAGGUGGACCUUCUGGCCUUCCGGAGAUACGUGGCCUGCGUGUACCUAGAGAGCAACGCCGAUACAUCAUCCCAAGGGAGGCGAAGCAGGCGGCUGGAAACCGAGAGCCGCUUUGACAUGAUUGGGCACUGGAUCAUCCACCAGGACAAGAGGACCCGGUGUGCCCUGUGCCACUCACAGACCAACACCCGCUGUGAGAAGUGCCAGAAGGGUGUCCAUGCCAAGUGCUUCAGGGCGUACCACAUCCGCCAUGUGGAGGACAGGCUCUUGGUGCUCCAGCAAGGAGUCAGGGCUGUGCCACUGAGGUGGGAGAGCCAACUUCAGGACACUGGUCCACAAGAGACCUCCCAGCUCCACAUAAUAUCAAACGGCGAAAAUCUCCCAGAGAUCUCCAUCUCAACACCAGCCCCCAGCUUCACUCAACGACCAGCAAGCUACAGUGCUGGACACCCUAUGCCAAACAACUAGCAAGACAGGAACACAACCCCACCCAUUAGCAGAGAGGCUGCCUAAAAUCAUAAUAAGGCAACGACACCCCAAAACACACCACCAGACGUGGACCUGCUCACCAGAAAGACAAGAUCCAGCCUCAUCCACCAGAACACAGGCACUAGUGCCCUCCACCAGGAAACCUACACAACCCACUGAACCAACCUUAGCCACUGGGGACAGACACCAAAAACAACGGGAACUAUGAACCUGCAGCCUGCAAAAAGGAGACCCCAAACACAGUAAGAUAAGCAAAAUGAGAAGACAGAAAAACACACAGCAGAUGAAGGAGCAAGGUAAAAACCCACCAGACCUAACAAAUGAAGAGGAAAUAGGCAGUCUACCUGAAAAAGAAUUCAGAAUAAUGAUAGUAAAGAUGAUCCAAAAUCUUGGAAAGAGAAUAGACAAAAUGCAAGAAACAUUUAACAAGGACCUAGAAGAACUAAAGAAGAAACAAGCAACGAUGAACAACACAAUAAAUGAAAUAAAAAAAUACUCUAGAAGGGAUCAAUAGCAGAAUAACUGAGGCAGAAGAACGGAUAAUUGACCUGGAAGAUAAAACAGUGGAAAUAACGACUGCAGAGCAGAAUAAAGAAAAAGGAAUGAAAAGAACUGAGGACAGUCUCAGAGACCUCUGGGACAACAUUAAACGCACCAACAUUCGAAUUAUAGGGUUCCCAGAAGAAGAAGAGAAAAAGAAAGGGACUGAGAAAAUAUUUGAAGAGAUUAUAGUUGAAAACUUCUCUAAUAUGGGAAAGGAAAUAGUUAAUCAAGUCCAGGAAGCACAGAGUCCCAUACAGGAUAAAUCCAAGGAGAAACAUGCCAAGACACCUAUUAAUCAAACUAUCAAAACUUAAAUACAAAGAAAACAUAUUAAAAGCAGCAAGGGAAAAACAACAAAUAGCAAGAACUGAUUUGUAAGCCAUAGCUCAGGGACUAAGAUGAUUUGAUCCUUUCUCUAUCAACAGGUCUUUGCAUAGUCCAUACAAUCAUCAUUAAAGAGACUCAUAUUUUUAUACCAUAAAAUACUCUGAGUCUUUGAUCUCAUUUGGCACAUCAUACUUCUCUUUUAUUCAGUUGUUAACUUUCGCAAGUCUUAAGCAUUCAGAUAUUGAUUACUCUGCUUAUCCACUCGGUAGAUCAAGGAGUUUCAUCCACGUAUCCUCAAGAUAUUUCUGACUUGCAGUUAGUUCUCGUUUCCUACAUUAGACUUGAGUUAUACACACACCUUUUAAUUCAUUAGGCCACUGCACAUUCUUGUUUAAAUUGCAUUUCCUUUUCUUCUUAAUUGACUUCAUGGCUCUCUAAAUAAUUAUAGUAUCGAGAUGCAUUGGAAUAUUAUCAUUUUACUUAUUUAAAUGAGUUAAUUGCAUUCAAAUUAACUAUUUGAUUGAGCUAAAUAGUGAAAACAUUCCAUCCACUGGUUUAUGCUCAGUUGCCUUGUAAUUAUGAUCAAAAUCUGUAAUCUUGGCUAUUCUUUAUUCUACUGUUUGCUCUGUUGCAGUGUUA